CUACUGCAAUGACUGCAGAGAUAUAGACUUGUGCCGUGACAGGGCUUUGCUAGCUCAGGAGUGGCGAUGUGCUGUGCCACAGUGUGGGCAACCAUAUGACCGUGGAGUGAUGGAGAAUGCGCUUCUUCAGAUCGUACGGCAGAGAGAACGACUGUACCAUCUGCAGGACCUAGUGUGCCAUAAGUGCAACCAGGUUAAAGCUGCACAUUUAGCUGAACAUUGUGCAUGUGCUGGCUCUUUUAGGUGCAAAGAGGGUGUAUCCGAGUUCUGGAACAAAAUGCAGGGAACACUAUUUGUGCUGAUCCAAUCCGAUCACCAAAACCAAACUCAUCAACACAAAGAAAAGCUGAUGAUCUGGGAGGUGGUUAUCAUUCACCAUGAUCUCAAACCAUUUGUAAUGGGUAGGGUCCUUAUGAAUCUACGGAGCCUAUUUGACGAUCGCAAAUUUGCAUGA